AUGGCAAGCCCACCUGAGCCCAUCCUUAUGCCUCCUGGACCCCACUGCCUGCGUCCCUUCACUCCUGAGUCCCUGCAGGCCAUAGAGAAACGGGCAAUAGAGGAGGAGGCAAGACUCCUUCGGAACAAGAAGCUUGAGAUUGAGGAGCCUGAGAGGAAGCCACGAAGUGACCUGGAAGCUGGGAAGAAUCUGCCCCUCAUCUAUGGCGAUCCCCCACCUGAGGUCAUUGGCAUCCCCCUGGAGGAUCUGGAUCCCUACUACAGCGACAAGAAGACCUUCAUCGUGUUGAACAAGGGGAAGGCCAUUUUCCGAUUCUCUGCCACUCCAGCCUUGUAUAUGCUGAGCCCCUUCAGUAUGAUAAGGCGUGGGGCCAUCAAGGUGCUCAUCCACUCGCUGUUCAGCUUAUUCAUCAUGAUUACCAUCCUGGCGAACUGUGUGUUCAUGACCAUGAAUAACCCUCCACCUUGGUCCAAAAAUGUUGAGUACACCUUUACAGGAAUCUACACCUUUGAGUCCCUCAUCAAGAUGCUUUCCAGAGGCUUCUGCAUUGAUGAUUUCACAUUCCUCCGGGACCCCUGGAACUGGCUAGACUUUAGUGUCAUCAUGAUGGCAUACCUGACAGAAUUUGUGGACAUGGGCAACAUCUCAGCACUAAGGACCUUCCGUGUACUUCGAGCCUUGAAGACCAUAACAGUCAUCCCAGGACUGAAGACAAUUGUAGGGGCACUGAUCCAGUCGGUGAAGAAGCUGUCAGAUGUGAUGAUCCUCACAGUCUUUUGCCUGAGUGUCUUUGCCUUGAUUGGGCUGCAGCUGUUUAUGGGGAAUCUGAGGCAAAAGUGUGUGAGAUGGCCACCCCCCUUCAGUGGCAUCAAUGACACUUGGUAUGACAACGGGACGGCUGUGUUCGGCAAUGAGACAGGUUUUGGUAACGACACAGGAUACAGCAACUUUACCUUUGACUGGGAUGCCUACAUCAAUGAUGAAGGGAACUUCUAUUUCCUGGAGGGUGCCAACGACGCCUUGCUCUGUGGGAACAGCAGUGAUGCAGGGCACUGUCCUGAAGGCUACGAGUGCUUAAAGGCAGGCAGGAAUCCUAAUUACGGCUAUACCAGCUAUGACACCUUCAGCUGGGCCUUCCUUGCCCUCUUCCGACUUAUGACACAAGACUACUGGGAGAACCUCUUCCAGCUGACCCUCCGGGCAGCUGGCAAAACCUACAUGAUAUUCUUUGUAGUCAUCAUCUUCCUGGGCUCCUUCUACCUCAUCAACCUCAUCCUGGCCGUGGUGGCAAUGGCUUAUGCAGAGCAAAAUGAUGCCACCCUGGCGGAGGAACAGGAGAAGGAGGAAGAGUUCCAACAGAUGCUAGAGAAACUCAAGAAGCACCAAGAAGAACAGGUUCAAGCAGCCCUGGAGAGUGGUGAGGGAGAUGGGGACCUGAUCCAGGGGAAGGAUUGCAAUGGCGGACUGGAUAGAGAAGAGUCCCGAAGGAGACCGUCCCAGAACCCCCAAAGACAGAGCUGCAGCAUGGAAAGUGCCAUCUCAGAAGCCAUGGAAGAGUUGGAGGAGGCGCAUCAGAAGUGUCCGCCAUGGUGGUACAAGUGUGCCCAUAUGCUGUUGGUGUGGAACUGCUGUGCUCCAUGGGUGAAGCUAAAGAAGAUUUUAUACCUGAUAGUCAUGGACCCCUUUGUGGACCUGGGCAUCACCAUCUGCAUCGUGCUCAACACAGUCUUCAUGGCCAUGGAGCAUUACCCCAUGACUCCCCAGUUUGAACAUGUCCUCACUGUGGGCAACCUGGUUUUCACAGGUAUCUUCACCGCUGAGAUGGUGCUGAAGCUGAUCGCACUGGAUCCCUACGAAUACUUCCAGCAGGGAUGGAACAUCUUUGACAGCUUUAUCGUGACGCUGAGCCUGGUGGAGCUGGGGCUGGCCAAUGUCCAAGGGCUUUCUGUACUUCGGUCCUUCCGAUUGAUGAGAGUCUUCAAACUGGCCAAGUCCUGGCCCACACUGAAUAUGCUCAUCAAGAUCAUCGGUAAUUCUGUCGGGGCCUUGGGCAAUCUAACGCUGGUGUUGGCCAUCAUUGUCUUCAUCUUUGCCGUGGUAGGCAUGCAGCUCUUUGGGAAGAACUAUAAGGAGUGUGUGUGUAAGAUUGAUGCCAACUGCAGCUUGCCCCGCUGGCACAUGCAUGACUUCUUCCACUCCUUCCUCAUCGUCUUCCGAAUCCUGUGUGGCGAGUGGAUUGAGACUAUGUGGGACUGUAUGGAAGUGGCUGGUCAACCCAUGUGCCUCACGGUCUUUCUCAUGGUCAUGGUCAUCGGGAACCUUGUGGUUGUGUUGCCUUCUAUCAAACACCUCCUCAUCCUCCCAGUAUCCCUCACCUCCUUAUCCCGAUGA